AUGAGUAAACAUAAUAAUAAAAUAUUUAAUAACCCUUCGGUUAAUUCAACUGCCAAUACUACUCCUGCUCUUUCAACUGUAACUUCAAAGGAAGAUAAUGUUGAAUCUAAGAAACAACCAGUGGUCAAUGAAAGAGAGAAAAAGAAGCAAGCCUUUAUUACCAGAACCAUAUGGACUUUAAUUAUGAUUGCUGGUUUCUUCAUUGUAUUAGCUUCAGGUCAUUUGGCUAUAAUUGGCCUUGUAUUAUUAUUUCAAAUCUUAACAUUUAAAGAAAUAAUCGCAUUAACUUCAGAACCAGCUAGAGAUAAAAAGAUUCCUUAUAAUAAAUCAUUAAAUUGGUACUUUCUAAUUGCUACAUUAUAUUAUUUGGAUAGUCCUUCAUUUUUUGGUUUCUUUCAAGAUUCAAUCUUUUCCUAUAAAAUCUUAACUUUCCUCAUUGUAAAUCAUAAAUUUAUAAGUUAUUCAUUAUUUGUAGCUGGAUUCAUUUUCUUUGUGUGGACUUUAAAGAAGGGUUAUUAUCAAUUUCAAUUUGCUCAAUUAUGUAUAACUCAUAUGACCUUAAUUUUAGUUGUAUUCCAAUCUCAUCUAAUUAUUGAUAAUAUUUUAAAUGGUAUAAUUUGGUUAUUCCUUCCUGCUUCUUUAGUCAUUGUCAAUGAUGUAUUUGCAUACUUGUGUGGUAUUACAUUUGGUAGAACUCAAUUAAUAGAAAUUUCACCAAAGAAAACUGUCGAAGGAUUUGUUGGUGCUUGGAUUUGUACUGGAAUUGCUGCCGUUAUCUUCUCCUUCUUCUUAUCUCAAUCUGAUUAUUUGAUUUGUCCAGCAGUGAAUUUAUCAACUCACUUAUAUAACUUCCCUCAUUGUGAACCAAAUCCAGUUUUUAUUCCUCAAAUUUAUCAAAUUCCUCAGAAUAUUAUUGAUAUUGUUUUUACUCCUAUCAAAAACUUUAAUAGUGCAAUUGAACCUCAAUAUGAAAUCAUCUCAAUCAAGCCAAUUUACAUUCAUUCUGCAAUACUAGCAACUUUUGCUUCUCUUAUUGCUCCAUUCGGAGGAUUCUUUGCAUCUGGUUUAAAAAGAGCUUUUGGUAUCAAGGAUUUCGGAGAUACUAUCCCAGGUCAUGGUGGUAUAACAGAUAGAUUAGAUUGUCAAUUCCUUAUGGGUUCAUUCUCCUAUUUAUAUUACCAAACUUUCAUUUCCAACCAAAAUGUUUCCAUUGGCAAAAUCUUACAGUUGGCGAUUAUAAAUCUUUCUGUACCACAAUUAAUCCAAUUAAUAAAGAGUUUAUUAAGAUAUUUAAAUAAUUUAGAUGUUAUUGAUGAAGACAAAUUGAGAAUAAUAUUUGGUUUGUUAGAUAAUUAG